AACCAAAUUUCUUUUUUCAAAGUAACUUGUAUUCGCAUGAGUCCAAGAACUCAGAACUCGAUGCCCAUCUGGGACCAGACGAUGCGUUCAUGGACAGUGGUAUUUUCCCCCUUCAAACUCGGUUUUUCUAGACCUUAUUUCUCAUCGGCUACGAUGAAUUUCCACUGUCCAUUAAAGGUAUUGAAAAACUUCAAUCUGGAGCUGAAGAGCGGUCAAACAGUAGCGUUGGUUGGGCCAAGUGGUUCCGGAAAGAGCACAAUCGUUCACAUGAUUCAGAGGUUUUACGACCCUUUGGAAGGAGAGAUUCUUGUGGAAGGCAAAAAUAUUCGGGAUCUGGAUUUGAAAGCUUUUCGCUCUCAGAUGGGCUGUGUACAACAAGAGCCCAUACUUUUUGAGUGUUCGGUUGAAGAAAACAUACGACUCGGGAAACUUGACGCGACGGAGGAUGAAAUCAUCGACGCUGCUAAAAUGGCCAAUGCGCAUGAUUUUAUUCUACAACUGCCAGAAGGUUACAAGACACUGUUGGCCGAACGCGGUGGGGGAUUGUCUGGUGGACAGAAACAACGCAUUGCUAUCGCACGAGCCCUGAUCCGAAAACCAAAGUUAUUACUGUUAGAUGAAGCCACUUCCGCUUUGGACACACAUUCCGAACGCGUGGUUCAAGAUGCACUGGAUGCAGCAUCCAGCGGUCGUACAGUGGUGGUUGUGGCUCAUCGUUUGACCACCGUUCGCAAUGCUGAUCGGAUUUUAGUAUUGGAGAAGGGAUUGAUACGUGAACAGGGCACACAUGAUGAACUAGUGGAAAAAGAUGGUCUGUAUCGCCAUCUCCCAGCCCGAAACAGGUCAGUGUUUUAA